AUGUCGAAAAGGAGCAUGGACGGCCGACAACGCUGGCUAGACGGCGUCCGUGGUAUUGCAGCAGCUAUCAUGGCCUGCUUCCACUUUACCAUUGGCGAAAUGACGAUCCCAUAUCGCGGGUUCACCGAUGAGCCAGCUGAACAGAACCGCCAUCUCAUUCAGCUCCUUCCAUUCCGCAUCCUAUUUGCGGGCAAAGCAAUAGUCACUCUAUUCUUUGUCAUCUCUGGAUACUCGGUUGGUCUUGCAAUUAUCCGGCGUCGCGGCCAGAAUAACAACGCUGACUGUUACCGCAAGCUCACUUCCUCGGUGAUUCGUCGAGGCCUUCGUCUCUAUCUACCUGUAACAUUUGCGUGUAUGACGUCUCAGAUACUUUUCUUCAUGGGCGCCUACAGCAACUGGAGCUUUCCCAGGGCAGAAGGGUGUCCUCGUGCGCCGCCAAGGUCCGCGAUUUGGCAGCACCUCAAAUGCUUUGCUCUGUCUUUCCGGAGUUCAAUUGGCUUCGUCGAAACCAAGUACGGCAGUGGACUCAACGCGCAGUUCUGGACAAUGCCUAUCGAGCUUAAAGGAUCCUUUGCAAUAUACCUGACUAUUCUUGGUUUGUUGCCCGCUACACCCAAAGUCCGGCUAACGAUUGUAGCCAUAUUCGCUGCGCUCUUCCUGUACUUUGGGUCCCAGGAGUUAUUCUGCUUCUUCUCUGUGCUACUAUUUGCCGAGCUCGAGGAGUUGAACCAGAAUCGUGCAAGCGUCGUCGCCCCAGUUACACACAAGCCUCCUAUGAAGAAAUCAAGGUGGUCCUUAGCAGCAUUCAUGGCUCUCUUUGCCGGUGGAAUCUACCUCCUCUGUCUCCCAUACAGGGGUGGCUCCUACGAGGACUACUGGUACUCUUCCAGGCUCAGCAUCCUGCCAUACUGGGAUCACCCAGUCAAACACAUCAACAUCUGGUGGUCCAUAGGCUCUAUAAUAGCAAUCAGGUGCCUCCCGAUUAUCAAGAGGGUGCUCGAGUCUCGAAUAGCCCAGUUCCUAGGCGAAAUAUCUUUCUCGUUAUACCUACUCCACCAGACAUUCAUACGUGUCCUUCGGAACUCCAUUCUCAACUGGACUUGCUGGAAGCUCUGGGGGAAAAGCUUUGGCGACUAG